CGUUGACCCAUGUCGGCCGGAGCCAGGAGCUGUUGCUCACAUCGCCCGCCAAUCCUCUUCUCAAACUAAUCGAGUUGAUGGCAUCCAGCCGGCUUUGUGCCUCAUCGCACGACUACAUUGACAAGGGUGUGGCCGUUCGGGCUACGUGACGGGACAAUGACAACGCGGACGACGUCCUUGUCGGCGAGGGCUCGAUCAAGGCCGACGUUGUCGGCUGCGGCUUCGCGGAUGGUGGCGAGGACCUUGUCCUCGCUCCCGCGUACCGCAUCAUCGGCGGCAAUGCUCACCGAGCCGCGCUUCUUGCCGUUGACCUGGACCACCACCUCGAUGCACUCGUCGCCAGGCCCCGCCGCAAGCUGCACCACAGGCAGCGGCUCGGGCCACGGCGCGGUGAGAACGGACUCGCGGUGUCCAAGGCCCUCCCAAAGCUCUUCUGCGAGGUGCGGCGCCAUCGGCGCCAGCAUCACCGCUAGCCGCUCCAUGGCCGCCAGCAGGGUCGCCUUAGGCGCAGCUCCAUCGGCUGCGGUCUUUCCCACAACCGUCGAAAGCUUCAUCAGCGCCGCCACAGCGGUGUUGAACGCGUUGCUCUUCUCAAACGCGCGCGUCACCGCCUCGAGCGCCUCAUUGGUGGCGUCGACUACGCCCGCUGCGGCCACAGCCGCCGCACCCUCGACGGCAGCGUUCUCUGGCAGUGCCGUGACUGUCGACGGCAGCAGCGCCAGCCGACGCAUCCAGCGUGCCUGUCCCUGGAUCCCGGCAUCGUCCCAGUCAAGCACCUUGUCCGGCGGUGCCUUGAAGAGCAUGAACAGCCGCAGCACGUCCGCCCAUGCUCCUCCACCAACGGCACCGGAUCGACGCCAUUGUACUUGCUCUUGGACAUCUUCUCGUGGGUCACCACCAACGGCUCGCCAGUUGCUCGACAACACGCCUGCCCGUCGUCGGCCACAGCAACUUCAUGAGGUGCAAGGUACUUGCCUGAUCCCUGCACCUGGUACGUGGGCGCGUGGACCAUGCCCUGGGCGAGGAGCUUGGAAAACGGCUCGCGGACCGAGACGAGGCCGCGGUCAGCCAGGAAGUGGGUCACAAACCGGGCGUAGAGCAAGUGAAGGAUAGCGUGCUCGAUGCCGCCGAUGUAGACGUCCACCGGAAGCAGCGCGUCAAGGGCCUUCUUCUCAGCCGGGAAGCUAGGCGACGACGGCGAGGCGUAGCGGAGAAAGUACCACGACGAGUCCACAAACG